UAUCAGCCCUGUUCUGUCGAUGCUGCUGUUUAUAGCAUUUGUGCAUUCAGCAGCUCUGAAAGGACAGAAUGAAGACUUUCUAAAUUUUUUAAAUGAAGCCUUUAAUAGUUACAGCCCUGAGCCAGCAGUGGUAACUGUCUCAGGUCCAUCAAAUGCUGUUGGUGUUCCAGACCCUAUAGGAGUGUGCUCGACUUCCACUCCAGUGGAUAACCCUACAGAAUUAUUCAAUGCGACUCCAGAGUCUGAUUCAGUGGAAUAUCCAGACACUGCUGAUGAAAAAUCUAAAGAGAACAGCAAAUCUGCUGAUCAAACAGAUGAUUAUGACCACCACAGUUCAAAGAAAAGAAACAAACUACCUGAAACCUUAGGAUUAGACAAUGAUUCUGCUGACAGUAAAAGUGCAGAAAGGACAUACAUGGACAAGCAUGUUAAGACGGAGACUGAGAAGCAACCCAGCAAAACACGCGAGAACAGUGGCAGCCAGGAGAUGUAUGGACCUUGGGAUUCUGUGACAGACCAAAAGAGGAAGAGGAGAAUUGACACUGAGAGAGGAAGGGAGGAACAGAGAUUGUCUCAAAUCACUGAGACUGAGGCCACUAUAAUGGACGUACCUGAUCAACCCCAGGCUAAAGAGAGAAACAGAAAUGUCUAUCUAUCUUCUAAAGACUCUAUCCCCCUGAGUGAUAGCCAGAAUAUUAUUGAUCAGAGUCAGGAGUGUGUGGAGGUGUCCAGCUGGAUGAUGGGAUAUCCAGAUGGGGAAAACACUAGUGUAGGUGGUGCAGGUGUAGAGCCACAGAGUAAAGAGGGAGUCGCAAAGUAUGAGCACCAGCCAAGGAAAUUGUGUGAUGCUAGAAAGAGACUGAGGACACCAAGAGCUCAGAGAGAGCAGCUGGAAACAGAAAGAGUGAAUAGUGAGCUUCUGGACCGAGAUAACAGCAAUGAGAGUAUUCCUGCUCAAACCCUGUGAGCAUUUUCAUUUUAUAACUCUGUUUUAUUUUUAUCUUGUUAUGAUCCUUGUUAAAAAGUGUCCAAACCUUUCUUCCUAUGAUUGCUUUGUGUCUUAUUCUUGCAUCUAUCCCUGACAGCUCUCUCUGCAGAUAUAACACCAAGUUUCUCUGAAUACCUAACCCCUUGCUAACUUCUUAGUCAGACAGCCCUCAUGGUGGCUGCCUGAUCAUGACUUUUUGAUCAUCAGAUUUUGUCUAUGGGUCAUCCAACAAGCAAAGCGGCAUCACGCAGACCUUCCAGGUACAGCUGGCUCGUCCAUGUCUGCUUGGGGCCAUAAAUUACAUAGCUCGGCACGUCUGUUGCAGGAUUCAUGUGCUCUAAUGGACCUCAGAGAGUCUUUCGCCAUCUCGUAAUCAUGACAGAGAUGUCAACGUGUUAGAGAAGAUUUACAGCUGAUUCUCACUCGUGGAGAUUGUGAAAUGUGCUCUCUACUUGCAGCUGUGCUGCGUGAUUAUCAUUCCGAUCACGCUGAUGCUGCAGGGUAAAAGAGGAAACUCAUGUAGGGAGACUGGACUAUAUGACGUAAUCAAAAUAACACUCCAGAGAAAAAAAUAUAUAACUCACUAUUAAAAGCACACGAAUAAAUACAUACAUGCAUACAUUCCCUGCAAGCCUGUUAUUUUAUUAUAAUGGACCAAUUCAGAACACCACGUCUUUAGUAUUAGUUGCUUGUUACUAUAGUGCUGAAGAGUUAGAUCUUGCAAGUCAAAGACAUGGUUCAAAUAUUCCGGAAACAUGAACAUUUCAAAGGUUAUAAAGUCUUUGUUGGUCCCCUGAAUAUCUGAUUAAAUAUUCAUCUGAUGUCUAUUUUUGUUAAGCCAGAGAGAACUAAAUGGGUGAUCUUUGCUAAAUAAUGUGUUGCCACUUGCAGAAAAACAUGUUGGACAUCACUGUAGCUGAAUUCAGGUCCACAGACAAUUUUUUUUUUAUGCCUGUAGAAAAGUUUGACUACUCUAUUUUUUAUAAAUGCUUUUGUUUACUAGCUAACAUGCACAAUGCCUAUGUUGUUGUUUUUACAGAGAUAAUAAUGUUAUGAUGAUGUUAUAAUGAUGAAGGAAUCAGCUCUAAUGUUUAAAGAUUUUUUAAUUGCUAAUGACAAAGGGUUUACCCUUUAAAAACAUGCGAUGUGUGUAUAUAUAUAUAUAUACAUGUAAUAACACAAGAUUGAAGAUAGAAGAUACAAACCUAGGGUGCUAGAAAUAUUGAUUCUGAUUGACUUGGCUGUUUUUUUUUUGGGAAACCAAU